AUGAUUACCACAGUCUUGCCUGUACCUCCUCCUCAGGUCCGACCUAGUAUUCAAAUGGACGGCACCAGUCGAGGUGAAGAUGAUUUGACCCAUAAACUGUCCGAUAUCUUGAAAGCCAAUGCGAACGUUAGACGAUGCGAGUCCGAAGGUGCACCAGUCCACGUCGUUCAAGAGUUUGAAGCAUUGUUACAGUUCCAUAUUGCUACAUAUAUGGAUAACGAUAUUGCAGGACAACCUCAAGCAUUACAAAAAUCAGGCAGACCUCUUAAAUCCAUCAGAGCAAGACUGAAGGGAAAGGAAGGUCGUCUCCGUGGUAACUUGAUGGGUAAACGUGUAGAUUUCUCUGCACGUACGGUUAUUACAGGUGAUCCCAACCUGUCACUAGAUGAAGUUGGUGUACCUCGUAGUAUUGCACGCAACUUGACAUACCCCGAAAUUGUCACCCCUUACAACAUUGACAAACUCCAGGUCUUGGUCCGAAACGGUCCAUUAGAACAUCCUGGUGCCAAAUACGUUAUUCGUGACAAUGGAGAGCGCAUUGAUUUACGCUAUCGCAAACGUGCUGGUGAAAUUCCUCUUCAGUACGGCUACAGAGUAGAAAGACACAUCAAUGACGGCGAUGUAGUCAUUUUCAACCGUCAACCCUCUCUCCAUAAGAUGUCCAUGAUGGGUCAUAGAGUCCGUGUAAUGCCUUACUCUACUUUCCGUCUUAAUCUUUCCGUCACAUCGCCUUACAACGCAGAUUUCGAUGGUGAUGAGAUGAAUUUGCAUGUUCCUCAAUCACUUGAGACCCGUGCUGAAGUCACAGAAAUUUGUAUGGUUCCCAAGCAGAUCGUAUCUCCGCAGUCAAACAAACCCGUCAUGGGUAUUGUGCAGGAUACACUGUGUGGUAUCCGCAAGUUUACUCUUAGAGACUGCUUUAUUACAAAGGAUGUUGUGAUGAAUAUCGUUAUGUGGGUCCCCGAUUGGGAUGGUUAUAUCCCACCUCCUGCAAUCUUGAAGCCGAAACCGAUGUGGACUGGAAAACAAAUCGUCAGUAUGGUUAUUCCACGCGGUAUCAAUUGUCAAACAUUCCACUCUACACAUCCAGACAAGGAAAACACUUAUAUUUCACCCGGAGAUACACGUGUGGUAAUUGAGAACGGAGAACUGCUGUGUGGUAUUGUCUGUAAAAAGACAGUAGGUACCACCAGUGGUGGUUUGAUUCAUACCAUUGUUAACGAACUUGGUCCUGAAGCCGCAAAGAACUUCUUAACUGGAACACAGCAGGUCGUCAAUUACUGGCUGCUACAAAAUGGUUUUAGUAUCGGUAUUGGAGAUACUAUUGCUGAUAAGGUUACAAUGGCAACUAUCACGGACAUCAUUUCACACGCAAAACAAAGAGUGCACGAGAUCAUUAUCACAGCCCAACAAGAUAAAUUAGAAGUUCAACCUGGUAUGACAUUGCGUGAAUCUUUUGAAGCCAAGGUCAAUCAGUCGUUGAACAAGGCUCGUGAUGAUGCUGGUAAAAUGGCGCAAAACAACUUGAAAGAUGACAACAACGUCAAACAGAUGGUUAUUGCUGGUUCCAAGGGUUCUUUCAUUAACAUUUCUCAGAUGUCUGCAUGUGUCGGUCAGCAGAAUGUUGAGGGUAAACGUAUUCCUUUCGGUUUUAAGAACCGUACUCUUCCCCAUUUCUCCAAGGAUGAUCACACUCCUGAAAGUCGUGGUUUUGUGGAAAACUCUUAUCUCAGAGGUCUUACACCCACAGAAUUCUUCUUCCACGCUAUGGGUGGACGUGAAGGUAAGAAAAAUAAAUAG